CAGAAUAGCCACAAAUAUGUACACAUAUAUACUGGUAUAAUGGGCUGCUCACAUUAGACCCUGUGGUAUAUGGUACUUGCACUCUACACCUAAAUAUAUAGUUCCAUUGAUAGACAAUCUACUUUUGGCCAUGAUAUACACAAACACUCAUUGAAGGCUGUGAGAGUGCGAUCCAGGGGUAUAACCACUAGAAACGAAACAUAAAUCAAACGGAACGAAACUGGGAGGGACCUACCUGAAUUAGUCCAAUAGAAACUCUUAUGUUCGUUGCAAAAACACAACUGUUUGCAACGGUUUGGACUAAUGACUACACCCCAGGUCACGCAGAGCCUGCGGGUAGCACCUUGCCCUAUACAACAGAGCCACCUUGUGGACACUUGGAUUAGUUCAGUCCAUCGGUAUAUUCUAAUAGCCUUCAGUUCUUCCCUCCCUGCAACAAGUUGAUUCAGCUCGGUAUUUUGAUUUGGGCAAUGAAGCAAAUAUAGUGUGACCAAUGCUUUAAUAGUUACUUAGUGGCUUUUGAGAGCGCAUUCAAGUUGUGGGCUGAGGCUUUGCAUCCGUGCGAGCGUCUGGCACACGACGGGUGCACUGCACUGGAAUCUCUUUCCUGGAGAAGAAAAGCUCAUGCGAAAGUGUGCAAGAUCAUACGUGGUCUAUGCCAGAAAUGACCCCCGGGAAGGCUGCAAAGGCAAAGGGAAGACAAGGAAGUUGACUCAACGAAUCAAGUGGCAGAAGGAUGCAAUCCUAGUGGAUGUAAAAUACAUAUUCCGUUGCACCCUGGCUGCAUAUUACUCAACAUAGCGCAUUUGAAUACGACCUGCAAGCCAGACAGUCCAACGAUAUUUCGUCUGAUUAAAUGCAUUGAUUAAAGCAACAUUAAUGGCUAUUUAAUUGUUGAUUUGAAACCCAUGGAAUGAUUUAAUCUUUCACAUGACUUUAACUUUUAUCAAAAGGGCUGUUGAGAUCUCAUUUGUUACUGUGGGCAAUAACACUUGCGCGCCUUGUCGAAAAUGUGAGCGUUUGGAUUUGAUUUCACCAAGAAGGGAAACAUGUGUCGCUGGAAUGAAGUUAACAUGAACACUUCGAAUAGUCUGCAAUGAUAGCCGGGGAAUGUGGAACGACCAUGCAUCGAAUUCUGCAGAGGAGAAAAGUGCGCAAACUUCGCUUCGUCUGGGUAUUCAUGGCCAUGGUGGCUCUGUCGCUCGCCGCCUGCAGCGCACUAUUUACGGCGUGGACCUGGAGACAGACGCUGGACCUGUCCCAGUCCGUUAAAACUCUGCAAGACCGAUUGGAGCAAGUGAACACUCAGCGUAAGGCCAUUGUUCAACUCAUCAUGGAGAAGAGAGAGUUGCUGGUGGGGCAAAGGGUGAAAAGAGAUGGGGGAACUGGGAAAGGGAAGAGUGGAAAUGGAAAGAAAGUGGCUUCUCAGUUUGAGAUAACCAAAGACACUGUUCAGAAAGUGGGAGCUGAUGGCUUGAUAAAAGGAUGGACGGACUCGGAGCAGUUGAAUAUGAGCAAAGCGGUGAAGUACAACAAAGACAGAGGCACCUUCACAGUGGAGAGAGCUGGAGUCUACUUCCUCUACUGUCAGGUGUUGUUCAAUGAGAAUCAGUCUCAGCUGGUGAAGUUGGAAGUGGCGGUGGUGAAGAGCGGCCAGCCGCAGCAGAAGCUGCAGUGCAUGGAGGGCUAUGGGACUACGCCUGCAUCCGGAUCCCACCAGUUCCACUUUCUCAAACCCUGCCAGGUGUCUGGCCUGCUGCGGCUAGAAAAGGGGGCGGAGCUACAGGCCAUCACAGGCGCCGGCUUCAGCCUCCACACCACGGGGAAGCACUACUUCAGCCUCUUCAAGGUCAACUGAGUUGCCGGAGAGGAUGGAAAUAUUGGAAGGAUGGAGGGGGUGGAAAAAUGGUUGAAGGAAGCGUUUUGUCCUACUCCAUGUAUUAAUGAGACACCCAACGUGACAUUCCUCAUAUGUUUUAUUGUGAAAUCUGGACCAAUGAUCUGGAGCAUUGGAAUAACUAUGGAUCAUGUUCGCUACAGACACUUUGUAUCAGAGGAGGCUGGUGGGAGGAGCUAUAUGAGGACUGGCUCAUUGUAAUGGCUGGAAUGGAAUUAAUGGAACCGAGUCGAACGUGGUUUCCAUAUGUUUGAUACCGUUCAAUUUAUUUCCUUCCAGCCAUUACAAUGAGCCUGUCCUCCUAUAGCCCUCCCACCAGCCUCCUCUGCUCUGUAUGAUACUUCUUCAAAGACAGAAGCUGUAAGGAAGACUAUAAAGGGAUACUUCUUCACUUCUAGACUCUCUUAGUGAUUCUACCCCUGCUGUUUUAAGGAAAACUCAUGGAAUGUUGUCUGGAUCAGUUGAUGGGGCUCGUCUGGAGUGAAACUCAUCCUCCUGACUCUCAGACUUCGCCUGAGCAUAGCAGGGAACUGACCCAUGAUGCACCUCUCUGAGGCGCUAAGCUGGUGGACUACUGAAUGAGAAGGAUUCUGAGUAAUGAGCCGGAUGGAUACGUUGGAACUAUGAGUCUCUCAUCCAUUGUAAUCCUUGCCCAUGUUAUCUCAGGAGUUGGGUCGUAUAUGUCUUUCACACACAGGAACGUAUAAAAAAAAAACUAUCCUAUGAUCUUACCAACUUCUCUCAGUCUAGAGACUCUUUAAGACUAUGCAUCUCAAUCUUUUAAACUGAAUCUCUUAACAUUGUAGGCCUAUCGUAUAUCAUUUUAGAUACAAAUAUUCAAUAUGUUCUGUCGAAUCACAUUGCAAUAUGUUACAUGAUUGUCAGUUUCAGACUGUACAUCGAAGCACUAGGGCCGGGAUUCAUUCCAAGACGCGUUAUAGAGCAUCACUCUAAACAGCCGACAAUGAGUCUUUUAAAGGCAUUUUCCCCAAAAUUCAUGAAGAUCGCAUCCACAGUAAUCGCCCCUUAUUGGCUCAAGAGCAAAUUACCUUAAAAAUCCAUUAUAGUGAGCUGUGUUAUGAGACUAAAUUGGAUUGAAUCCCUGCGUAGAUGUGUAAAUAAGGCUUAGCCUGUCGAGAUACAGUAUAUCAUGGUGGAAAUAUAAAUGAUUUUGUAUAUUGUAAUCACAAUACUUGUACUCAUUCCAAGCUCUCUUACGUGCUAUUUGCAGCAAUAUGUUUUGAACACAGACAAUACAAACAGAGUGUUUCUAGCAGGUGGUUUGGUUGAAUGGUUUAACACUCCUACUCUGGUUUAUAAGUAGUGUGUGGGUGACCACAUUGGCUUCUACUCAGCAAUUUACACACAUGCACACAUAUACACACACACAAAUACACCACAAUGCAAAAGUCACAUAAAUCUGGUUUUCAGUUCAAAACAGUCCUAAUUUCUCAUCAUUAGAUGGAAAGUACCUCAUUUGUAAAAAGAGGUCUAUUUGUGAGUCAAACCCAUAGGUCAAGGUUGAAGAACCAGUGAGAGGAUAUUGUGUGUGCACGUGUUUGCGAAAUUAUGUCUGCAAUGCUGGUUGUUGUUCUAAACUCACUUCCCCAAAGUCAAAUCAUUCUGGUUUCCAGCUGAAAAGCGCUGUAGUUUGUCAUCAUUCGAUCACAAGUGGAAAGUGUGUUAUUGUGUUGUAAACAUAUUUCCUGUUUGAUUUCCUAAUCCUUCUCCGCUUCCCUUUUGCACCUCACAUUUACCCCGUUUUGCAUCUAACAUUUCCCUUUCAGAACCCAACACACACACACACACACACACACACACACACACACACACACACACCUCUCACUUCCUGAAUCCAACCAGAACCAAAUAGCUGAACGCUUUUGAGGAAUCAAAUUCCUAACACUUCACUCCCCCAAUUCCUAUUUUUUUUAAAUGUCAAAAUUUAAUGCCAGCUUAAAAAGCCUUAUUUGGCACAAAGAGGCCUGUCUGUGAGAAGUCAAAAAAAGUAGGUCAAGGUUGAAGAACCAGCAAGGGGAUAUUGUGUGUGUACGUGUCUGCGAAAUGAUGUGUGCAAUGCUGGUUGUUGUUCUAAACUCACUUUCCAUAAAAUGGUCAACCUUUUUAAACCCUUUUAAUAUCUCCUUGUGUUCGCUUUCAACUCAGGCCAGGGACUACUACUGCUCUAUGAUACAAUAUGACAAACAAAAAAUAGAAAAUCUUCGUACCCCUCCAUUAUUCUCCAGCUUCCCCCAAUGACAUCACUGUAUUGCUAAAUAGAAUGUGUGGAACGCUGCACUAUUCUGGUUCUUUAAUCAUGACUCACAUACUACUGUGUAUUGGGUCGUCACCACCUGUGAUUCAUACUUCUGUAGCUCAAGGUCUGGAGUCAGUACAACACAGUGCAGACAGACUGGGAUGACCUCAUGUGAGAGCUAGAGGAGGCGAUUCAGCAGCCCAAUGUGCGUGUGUGUUUUCCUGUGUUGCUAUUCAAGCAUCCAUCCACGAAUCACAUCAUUUUGUUAAAUUUAAUUUGAUUUUAUUACAAACAAAACUCAAAAUAAAAAGAGAUGCAUUAUUA